AUGUACAGAAGGCUCUCAAAUAUUGACCGAAUAAAAUUAUAAUUCAAACUAAAUCAACAAGUCAAAGACUUACUAUCCAAGGGUGAAAUUGAUAUUGACAAUCCUACCCAUUUUGAAGUUAUCGUGGGUAUUUUAUCAAAAGAGUAAAAGUAAAGAAAUCAAAAUGAAUUGAACUUAUUAUCAUAGGCGUUUUACUCAAUUAAAUAUUUUACUGAGAUGCAAAAAACUACUAGUUAAGAGGAAAUGCUUAAUCUUUAUAGAGAAUUACAAUACAUUAAUGUGCCAGCACGUCGGACACUUUUUCGUUUUGGGGCCAUUGGAAAAAAUUUUUACAUCAUCUUGAGAGGUAGCGUUUGGGUGUUGGUUGGAAAAAGUGGUUUGGGUGAUGACAAAAUUGAAGUGAUCGAAAAAAAAGGAGACAAAAAAUAUGAUAAAAAGAAAAAGGUUGAAAAGGAGUACGAUGAAGGUGAAGAGACAGAUGAGGACGAAUUUUAGGACUUGGAAGAUGAGAGAAUGUUGGAACUGAAAUACCCCCAUAUGAUGAAGGUUGGAAAAAUAGAACAAGGAGGGAGUUUCGGAGAGAUAGCUCUUACUAAUUGUAUGCCCAGAUAAGCCACGAUUGUUUGUGCUGAAGAUUGCUAAUUUAUUAAAUUGUCAAGAGAGGCUUUUCAUACAUUCUUAUCCGAGUAUUAUAUUAGAAUUUAAAAUAAAAAUUUUGAAUUUUUGAAAUCAAUCAAUAUAUUUACUGAUUGGAAUGAUGCUGACAUUAGUGUUAUCCAAUAUCAUUUCUAAUCCAUUGAUUAUGCCAUGAACAACGUUAUUUUUAGAGAAGGAGAAUCAAUUAAAGGAGUCUAUUUCAUAGUUUCUGGUUUGGUUGAGUUAUAAUAGAAGGGCAGAGAUUUAGAGAAUGCUCAAUUGUCCAAACAACAAAAUAAAUAAUAAAUAGUCAUCAACCGAUACAGCAAAGGCCAAUUGUUUGGAUUCAUGGAAAUUAUGAAUAAAUAAUCUCAGAGGGAAACUAAGGCAAUUUGCUUAACGGAAAAAGUCUAAACUUUAUUUUUGUAAGAAGAUAGAUUUAAAUUAUACUGUUGUAGAGGAGAAUCAUUGAAGACUCUAUAGUUGAUGAUGAAAAAGUUAGAAUACAUCAUUCAUAAGGCCUAUCAGAUUUAUGGGGAAAACAAAAGAUAAUCCAAAUAAUCUUUAUCGUUGAAUCUAGCUGAUAAUGAUGUUCUUUUACAACGUAUGAAAACAGAAAAUCAACCUUUUUGUAAAACCAACAGAAGUCGAAUUGUUAAAAGACCUUUAGACCUUCUUGCUGGAGUUUCACAUUAAUCUUCUAAAAUUCAAAGUUACUAUGAAAGUGUUUCUACACUACUUAAAGAUUCUUAGAUUAAUUUAAACCUGAAUAAUCCUCUCAUUCAUAUUGAACCUAGUAAGCGAUUAAAAAUGUAAUAAUUGCAAUUCUAAUUGUAAUAUUGCCCUAAUCCACCUCUUACUUCAAGAAUUCCUCAAUUUUCUAGCGGGGAUUCAAAAUAGGUUUUACUUAGGCAACUUAAAUUACCAAGCAUAUUUAAAUAAUAAUAGGAGUAAGAUGAUCGUAUAUCUAUCCGAUAAUUAGAUCCUGUUGUUUGA